AUGGCACAGCUGGCGUAUCCUUGGCAGAGUGGGCACUUCGGCCCGCUCCAGAGACAGAGACAAGCGUCCUGGCUGGGAAAAGAGACAACAAAAUAUCUAGAUGUUGAGAGCCGUCCAAGCCGUAUUUACAAUGACAACUUGUCGGAAGAGUUUCCAGUUGGCACUCAAUGUGUGCCAGUACCACUCGCCGUGAUAGCACAUGCAAUGGUGAAUGGGGCAAAUGUCAUGAGCUCCGGAUCACCGCACUCACGAUACGGGCACGCCAUUUGGCAGAAUCUCAAAAUGGGAACCAAUCUAUGGCGGCUGUCAUUCAUGGUUCAGGAUCUCCACUCAUGGGAUCUGUCUAACAGUCAGUGCACAAACUUACCUGUUUUCCAGGAACCUCCUGCCAUGGAAGACGGGGCCACAUGUUGGCUGAGAUCUCGACAAGUUUAA